GCGCCGGCCGGCCCCGCGACGCGCCGGCAGCUGGCGCAGCCCUUCGCUCGCCCGGCCUCCCCCUCCCUGGUUCUGCGCUCGGGUUCCGCCAUGGAAUCCAACAAGGAUGAAGCCGAGCGCUGUAUCAGCAUCGCCCUUAAGGCCAUUCAGAGCAACCAGCCCGAUCGGGCGCUCCGCUUCUUGGAGAAGGCACAGCGGCUGUACCCGACGCCGCGUGUUCGCGCUCUGAUUGAGUCCCUCAACCAGAAACCACAGGCUGCCGGUGACCAAACCCAACCCACAGACACUACCCACGAGACCCACAGGAAAGCAGGUGGGACUGACGCCCCCUCAGCCAACGGUGAGGCUGGAGGAGGAGAGAGCACCAAAGGCUACACUGCAGAGCAGGUGGCGGCUGUGAAAAGGGUCAAGCAAUGUAAAGAUUACUACGAGAUCCUGGGGGUGAGCCGAGGAGCCUCAGAUGAGGACCUGAAGAAGGCCUACCGCAAACUGGCCCUCAAAUUCCACCCAGACAAGAACCAUGCACCUGGCGCCACUGAAGCUUUCAAAGCCAUCGGGACAGCCUAUGCGGUUCUCAGCAACCCGGAGAAAAGGAAACAGUAUGACCAGUUUGGUGAUGACAAGAGCCAGGCAGCCCGGCAUGGCCAUGGGCAUGGGGACUUCCACCGGGGCUUCGAGGCUGACAUCUCCCCCGAAGACCUCUUCAACAUGUUCUUUGGUGGUGGCUUCCCUUCUAGUAACGUCCAUGUCUACAGCAAUGGGCGCAUGCGCUACACCUAUCAGCAAAGGCAGGACCGCAGGGAGAACCAGGGUGACGGCGGGCUAGGGGUAUUUGUACAACUGAUGCCUAUCCUCAUCCUGAUCCUUGUGUCAGCUCUCAGCCAACUCAUGGUCUCCAGCCCACCCUACAGCCUGAGCCCGAGACCGCCGGUGGGCCACGUCCACAAGCGAGUCACUGAGCACCUGGGCGUGGUCUACUAUGUGGCAGACACCUUCUCCGAGGCACACACGGGCUCCAGCCUCAAAGCGGUUGAGCGGAACGUGGAGGACGACUACAUCGCCAACCUCCGCAACAACUGCUGGAAGGAGAAGCAGCAGAAGGAAGGCUUGCUGUACCGGGCCCGCUACUUCGGUGACACAGACAUGUACCACAGAGCACAGAAGAUGGGCACCCCAAGCUGCAGCCGGCUGUCAGAGGUGCAAGCCUCCCUGCAUGGAUAGUCCUGGGCCAGCCACACCACCCAGGUCCAAACUAUGAAAUCCCUGGAGAAUUUUUGGUGACACGCACUGAGCCAAGGUGACAGACUGUAUAUUUAAAGAAAGACAUACAAAGAAAAAAAUUAAAAUGGAAUUGGAGGCCGAACGCCGCACAACUGCCCUCUCUCUCACCCAGUAAAUACAGAAAGCUCUUAGGACAGACAGAAAGCCUGCCACAGGGCUGCCUCCCUCCCUCCCAGGGCUGCCAGAGGCUCCACGUUGCUCGCUCCUAGGAUACAGAAACCAUGGCAACGAAAGUAGAAUGUAAAAGUUGCAGCGAAUGUCUGUAGGAAGGACUGGGGGGAGGGGGUUAUCCAGCCUCCCCCCCUUCCCGGGAGUCACCAGCAAGUCACCUUGAAGAAGAAGCCAGGCAGAAGCGCUGGCCAAGGAGAGAGGAGGAAGGAACUUGUAACUUACAGAUGCAUGUAUAUGUAUAUAUAUCUAUUUAUAUGUAAAUAGGCAUAUAUAAAGAUAUAUAUAUGUAUAUAGUCUUUAAACUA